GAGAGAGAGAGAGAGAGAGAGCGAGAGCAGUAAUGGCGGCCGGUUAGAUCCAUACACCGACACAGCGUCCGCAACCAGUCGCAUUCACCGCAGCCCUCCGGGGGCAGCCAGCCUCACACAUCGCGGCGGAGCUUGCGCUACAGACACGGAGUGGAGACACGGGCUUCAGGGCGGACGGGAAUCCUUUAGUGGGCCGCUGCUGCUUCUGCUGCUUGGGACUUUGCUUUUACUUUUCUAAAAAAAAAAAAAAAAAAAAAAAAAAAAGACAUGGAUGAGCACCCCGGCGGAGGAGGGGUCGGAGCGGGCGCUCCGCGACAGCCUCCGACGCCGCAGCAGCAGCCGGGUAGCAAUAGCAGCGCUAAUCCGCCAAUCGGAGGCAGUGGAAGCGGAGGAAGUAGCGGUGCCGGAGUCAUGGUGCCGGUCCAGCCGGACGAGCUGCCCCGGCCGCAGCAGCAAUACACCAUCCCCGGCAUCCUACACUACAUCCAGCACGAGUGGGCCCGGUUCGAGAUGGAGAGGGCGCAUUGGGAGGUGGAGAGGGCCGAGCUCCAGGCGAGGAUAGCGUUCCUGCAGGGAGAGAGGAAAGGUCAGGAGAACCUGAAGAACGACCUGGUUAGAAGAAUAAAAAUGUUAGAAUAUGCUCUAAAGCAGGAAAGAGCAAAAUAUCACAAAUUAAAAUAUGGAACAGAGUUAAACCAAGGGGAGAUGAAGAUGCCAAGUUUUGAAUCAGACACCAAAGACUCAGAGGUCUCUGCUGUACCUGCCAACAGCCAGCUCACCUGGAAACAAGGAAGACAGCUACUCAGACAAUACCUGCAGGAAGUCGGAUACACAGACACCAUCCUGGACGUUCGUACCCAGAGGGUUCGCUCUCUGCUCGGCUUGUCAGGAUCCGAGCAGAACGGAUCUGUGGAGAACAAGAACCUGCAGCACCUGAUCAACGGAACGGAGCGCCGCAAAGACAGCAAGAGGAGUCCAGGUGAUGUUCUGGAGACGUUCAACUUCCUGGAGAACACAGAGGACAGCGAUGAAGAGGACGAGGAGGGAGACCUGAUGGACGACAUCAGCACAGACAAACACCAUCGAGUCAAGAAACACAAGACCAAGGUUGGGAACGAGGGCUUGGCGUCAGAGGACGACGCUGACACAGAAGAGGCACUGAAGGAGUUUGACUUCUUAGUGACGGCCGAGGACGGAGAGGGAGCGGGUGAAGCUCGGAGCUCUGGAGACGGGACAGAGUGGGCGGAGCCUCUGCCGUUUCCUCCCGGUGGGGGGAAGUCCUUCCUGUUGGGUGGGUCGGAUGACGUCUUGGAGAGUGUGCUGGGUUUGGGUGACCUUGCUGACCUCACCGUCACAAACGACGAAACAGACUACAGCUACGACAUGCCAUCCAGUAAGGAGUCUUCGUUCAGGAAGACGUGGAACCCAAAGUACACACUGCGGAGCCACUUUGACGGCGUUCGAGCGCUGGCCUUCCACCCUGUCGAGCCCUGCCUGGUCACCGUGUCCGAGGACCACACUCUCAAACUGUGGAACCUCACCAAGACUGUCCCUGCCAAAAAAAGUGCCUCCUUCGAUGUGGAACCCAUCUACACCUUCAGAGCCCACGUGGGUCCGGUGUUGUCGUUAGCGAUGACGUCCAGUGGUGAGCAGUGUUUCAGUGGAGGCAUCGACGCGACCAUCCAGUGGUGGAACAUCCCCAGCUCCAAUGUUGACCCCUACGACACCUACGAUCCCAGCGUCCUUGCAGGGUCAUGGGUGGGGCAUACGGAUGCUGUGUGGGGAUUGGCUUACAGUGGCAUCAAGAACCGCCUCCUGUCGUGCUCGGCAGACGGGACGGUAAAGCUGUGGAACCCGACAGAGAAAAACCCCUGCAUCUGCACUUUCAACACAAACAAGGAGCAUGGGAUCCCCACAUCAGUGGACUUUAACGGCUGUGACCCCGCCCACAUGGUGGCGUCCUUUAACAGUGGAGACGUGGUGGUAUACGACCUGGAGACCUCCCAGCAUGCACUGGUGCUGAAGGGGCAGGGAGACAGCACCCUCCCAGGGUCAAAUCAUAUCAAUAAGGUGGUGAGUCAUCCCACGCUGCCCGUCACCAUCACCGCUCACGAAGACCGACACAUCAAGUUCUACGAUAACAAGUCAGGUAAAGUGAUUCAUGCCAUGGUGGCUCACCUGGAUGCAGUGACCAGCCUGGCUGUGGAUCCUAACGGGAUCUACCUGAUGUCUGGCAGUCACGACUGCUCCCUGCGUCUGUGGAACCUCGACAGUAAAACGUGUGUUCAGGAGAUCACAGCUCACCGUAAGAAGAGCGAGGAGGCCAUCUACGACGUGGCCUUCCACCCCUCCAAGGCCUACAUCGCCUCCGCCGGAGCUGACGCCCUCGCCAGGGUCUACGUCUAGACGAGGAAGAGGAGAAGAAGAAGCAGACGAACGUGGGGCGAGAGACUCAGACAGACACACAGAGAGAGAGAGGACAGGCUCGUCUGUUCACACACACAAAGGAUUCAGGUCUCUGCAGGUCUGGGAACAGAAUAUAUAUAAAUGAAAGACUGGAGGCGAUGAAGACCUUUUACUGGACGACUGAAAACACUCACACACUCAAACACACACUCACACAGUCUAAGUGAAGAGGUGGAGCGUUGCGGUCUCCCUCCCUCCGACCCACUGACGAGACGUUCAGCAGCAGAGACGUUUAAAUCUGCAGGUCAACACACAGCAGCUCACCUGUCCUGCCAUGUCCCGAACAUGUAGCUCUGAUGACACUACAAAAAGUCCCGCCCCCACCCGUGUUAGCGCUCAGACGGGAGGAGACAGUCCCUCCGGUCGGCUCUCGGUAACGUCCUUGUUUCUGUCUGCGUUUCAGUAGUUCGGUGUGUUUUUCCUCUUCCCGUGGAACUGACCCUGAUCAGAGACAUCACACCCACGUGUUUCCGUGUUUGCUUCUCAGCUGGAAACGGUUUGAGCAUCAGUCCCUCAGAGAUGUUCAGCGGUGGAACGAGUCCAGCUCCCGGUGCAGCAGCCCCGCUGACUCCCCGCUGACUCCCCGUUAACAACCAAUAUCUGCUGCCGUUCAGUUUAUCACAGUGACUGAACCUCGCGUGGAAAAUCAACCAUCCAUCAUCCUGAUUGAACCAUUGAUCGGUGAAUCGGUAAUGAGAACAAUGAUUAUUGGCCCUAAAUGAAAGAAGCUCGUGCUGCUGCUGUGUGUGCAGCGGCAGCAGCUGCUCAGUACCCGACACCUGGCGUCGGUGCUUCACCUCCACACCACACAGGUACAGCUCCGCCGCAAAACAUGCUGCGGUUCGGAGGAAGAUGAUGCUGAAUGUGAGCCGCAGCGGAGGAAGCGUCUGAGGCGGGUUUUCCUUUAAAGCGUCAGCCUCCAGCUGCAGCACAGCUGGAGCACAGCUGGAGCGGGCCGGCCAACAGAUCGUCCGAUGUUUUAACCCACUGCUGAUUUUUAAUUAUUCAGUCUAAGCAAAAACAGCUGUGGUCAGAUUUUAAGCUUCCCGCCGGUUUUAAAGUUCUUAAGGAAUUUAAAAACUCUGACUCAGCAUAUCUGUUUUUUUUUUUCUUUUUUUUAACUUUUAACUUCAUGGUUCAAUAAAUCUAGUUUUUAUCAUCUCUUUUAAAAAGCUGUCCUGUUCACCCACCCAGCGCUGCCGUGAAGACGCUCCCUGGGAAACUCCCUGACUCCAGCCACUGAUCCAGGGUCUGCUGCUGUUCUGAACGUUACCCAGAGUUUGGCUGCAGAAGAGAAAGUUGUGCUGCGUCACGUUAUUUUAGCAGAGAGGUGAUAAAGUUCUGCAGCGACGGCACAAAUGAUUAUGAAAGAUUUUCGAUCAGUGUGUUGAAGUGAAACAUCUCAGCCGUUUUUUUUUUUUUUUUUGUGCUGUUUCAGUUGAGCCUGUUAAUAAACUGCGAUACAUCUGAAUUUCCAGCGUCCGUGAACUCAGCACAGUCUGGGUCAGAGUGUCUGCUGCGGGACGUCCUCACACCUCCGCGGUGAGGAGCUGCAGGUCCUCCUCCUCCUCCUCCUCCUCCUGUCACUGUGUGGUUUUUCUCUUCAUCACAUCAUUAGACGGUUUUCAGUCUUUCUGAGGAGAGAAAUGUCCCGGGCCUGAUCUGAGACCUGCUCUCGGGGACUUUGAUCCUCAUUUCUGUCUUUAAAUUUCAUAGUUUGAAUGAAGGGAUUCGUAUCGGCUCCUAAUCGAUCACAACUCCAAACAAAAUCUUUUUAUUUUCGUUUUCUUUUCACCCACGCUACAACUUACUGUGUAACUAAAGACUUUUGUUUGUGUAAUGCAUGAUUAAUACAAUAAAAGUAUUUUUUCUAGUCUUCCGAAAAUGGAUAAAAAAAGUUCUGAUCAGUUUGCGAGUUUUGUAAGUUUUUUUUUUUUUGAUUUACAAACUAUGAAACAGCAGAUUUUAAAGAUUGUACCACAUAGCAGAAUACAACUGUUGAAAUGUAUAUAAAAUGUCUAUAAUAACUAUUAAAUGGUGUAACUGUA